AUGUCGUCGGCCGCCGAGACUUCACACGGCCGGGGCGGCGCGGGCAACAUCACCGCUGAUGACACCGAGUACGUCGACGGCGAGGUGGUGCGCCUGGGGAACGCGGGCAGCCACGGCGACGGGGCGUUCAGCGCAGGCCGCGGAGGCGCCGGCAACAUUGCCGACGUGGGCACGGCGCCCACGCAGCGCAGAGACCAGGAAAUCGUCCCCGCUGCCGCCGUCCGCACGAGUUCCGAGGACCAGGACUUUCACACGGGGCGAGGUGGCGUCGGCAACGAGCACACGUCCCUGGACCGCGACCCGCGGACGGCGCCCAAGGCAGGGGCCAACAGUGCCGAGUCGCUCAGCCUGGCAGACAAGCUCAAGAACAAGCUGUUCGCCAUCUUCAAGAAGUGA